GAGUUAACAAGGACAGAGGCCAAGAUAUAGCAGCAGAGAUGGUGAACUGGGUGGAAGCACAGAAGCCUCUCUUGCACUGGCUGGCGCGGAGGGCCGGCCUCCGGCAGCAGACCGUCGAGCUGGAGCCCGGCACCGUCAUAAGCUUCUGGGUUCCCAAGGCGAACGUAACCACCAAGAAGAAGAGCUGUGUCUGUAACAGUAGGAAGGAGGAGAAGAAGAAGAAUAAGCCGGCGGUGGUGCUGGUGCAUGGCUUCGCAACGGACGGGAUCGUGACAUGGCAAUUCCAGGUUGGAUCCCUGGCGGACCGAUACGACGUCUACGUGCCGGACCUGUUCUUCUUCGGCGGGUCGGCGACCAACUUUCCGGACCGCUCGCCGGAGUUCCAGGCCGACUGCCUGGCGGCCGCGCUGGGCCGCCUCGGCGUGCAGCAGUGCACCGUCGUGGGGUUCAGCUACGGCGGCGUGGUGUCGUUCAAGAUGGCGGAGAGGUGGCCCGACCUGGUGCGCUACCUGGUCGUCUCGGGCUCCACGUUCGCCAUGACCGAUUCACUCAGCAGUGCGACGCACAAGAGGCUCGGCGUCUCGUCCUCGGCCGAGCUCCUUCUCCCGGAGUCCGUCGAGGGACUCAAAGCACUUCUUUCUGCGGCAACUUAUAAGAAGCUCUGGUUACCAGACUGCUUUCACAAGGACUUCCUUGAGGUGAUGUUCACGAACAGGAAGGAGAGGGCGGAGAUGUUGGAGGCGUUGGUGAUCAGCAGCCAGGAAGCCAGCGUCCCUCAUCUCCAGCAGGAGAGGAUACUUCUACUGUGGGGAGAGAAUGACAAAAUAUUCAACCUAGAGCAUGCUAAGAACAUCAAAGAGCAACUGGGAGAGAAGGCCACCCUAAAAAUCAUAAAGAAAGCAGGCCACCUUGUUCACUUAGAGAGACCCUGCAUUUACAACAGGUGUUUGAAGGAGUUCCUUGUGCUUGUCCAUCCUGAGGUCAGCCAGAAGUGAUCAACUUCACCCACAUCCAUAUUUCUACUCGAGGAUCAUGGACAUGGGUCACAUUAUAUUAGAUUGAUGAUGAAGCUCCUCUUCAGCCUCAAGGUUAUUGCAGAAACCGCUUUAUAAUUUACAUGCAUAUAGUUCACAAUAUAUGCAAAUUACAGAGGAAUGUGAGGUGAAGUGCGUCUUUGUCGCAUCGUUCAUCCAAAAUACUCUCGCUCUCCUUUGUAUACUUUAUAUAAUUCGAAAUAAUAAAUACAUGUCACUGUCUCAA